AUGGGAUCCCACGACGGACCGCUGUACAUCGGCUUCGACCUGUCGACGCAGCAGCUCAAGGGCCUCGUCGUCUCGUCCGAUCUCAAGGUCGUCUUCGUCGCCAAAUUCGACUUCGACAGCGACUCGCGAGGCUUCUCCGUCACCAAGGGCGUCCAGACAAAUGAAGCCGAGAAGGAACAGCAAGGGCUCGACUUUGGCAGGGUGAAGGGCAUCAGCGGCGCCGGGCAGCAGCAUGGCAGCGUCUACUGGAACGAGUCCGCCGAGCAGAUACUGGGCAGCCUGGACGCAGGGAAGACGCUGGAGGAUCAGUUGCAGGCUGCUCUGUCUCAUCCGUACAGUCCCAACUGGCAGGACGCCAGCACGCAGCGGGAGUGUGACGAGUUUGAUGCCUUCCUGGGGAGCGAAGAAGAACUGGCGAAGGUGACGGGGAGCAAGGCUCACCAUAGGAAGCAUCCUGAUGCAUACCGGAAGACGGCCAGGAUAUCCCUGGUUUCGUCCUUUUUGGCCUCGGUCUUCCUGGGGAGAGUGGCUCCGUUCGAUAUCUCAGACGUCUGUGGCAUGAAUCUAUGGGAUAUACCGUCAAACCGAUGGAACAAGAGCCUGCUCAAGUUCUGUGCCGGUGAUGCUGGGCCGGAGCAGCUGAAGAGGAAGCUCGGAGACGUCCCUCACGAUGGAGGCCAGGAGCUGGGUAAAAUCAGCGGCUACUUUGUCAAGAGACACGGCUUCCAUCCAGACUGUGUCAUUACUCCGUCGACGGGAGACAACCCGGCCACUAUACUUGCCCUGCCGCUGAGACCGCUGGACGCCAUGGUAUCCCUGGGGACAUCGACUACUUUUCUCAUGUCGACUCCGCAGUACAAACCAGAUCCGUCAACGCACUUCUUCAACCAUCCGACUACUCCUGGAUUGUACAUGUUUAUGCUCUGCUACAAGAACGGAGGCCUUGCUCGUGAGCGGGUGCGAGACGCUAUCAACGCAAAAUUAGACGAGACCAGGGACAAAGACAAAGAUGGCUCGAACCCCUGGAGCAACUUUGACAGAAUCCUGCUGGAUACUCCUCCAGCCGGCCAGAAGUCAGACUCCGACCCGAUGAAGAUGGGCCUCUUCUUCCCACGGCCGGAGAUUGUGCCCAAUCUUCGAGAAGGAAAAUGGCACUUCAACUAUACCCCUGGCCACACAGACGUAGACCAGCAGCUCAGGGAGACAGACACAGGCUGGAGCCAUCCGUUUGACGGUGCCAGGGCCAUCGUCGAGAGCCAGUUCCUCUCCCUCAGGCUGCGGUCCAGGGAGCUCGUCCACAGCCCAUCGGACAAGAAGGACAUCCCGCCACAGCCACGACGAAUCUACCUUGUUGGCGGCGGCUCUCGCAAUGCCGCCAUCGCCAAAGUCGCCGGGGAAGUGCUCGGCGGCAUCGAAGGGGUGUAUAAGCUGGACGUGGGCGAGAAUGCGUGCGCACUGGGAGCAGCAUACAAGGCCGUCUGGGCGCUGGAACGAGCACCGCAGCAGACCUUUGAGGACCUGAUCGGGCAGAGAUGGAGGGAAGACGAGUUUGUCGAGCGCAUAGCUGAUGGCUACCAGCCGGGCGUCUUUGAGAAGUACGGCCAGGCCGUCAGGGGCUUCGAGAUGAUGGAGAAGCAGAUCCUCAAGGCGGAAACGUAG